UUGCACUUGUUUUAAUAGUUUUAGAUUUUAUUGAAGCAUUUCCCUUCCCUCCAGCUAAGGGUGCUCCACCAGCUAAGGGUGCUCUUCCAGCUAAGGGUGCUUCACUAGCUAAGGGUGCUUUUUCAGCUAAGGGUGCUUCUCCAGCUAAGGGUGCUUCUCCAGCUAAGGUUGCACCUCCAGCUAAUAAUGCCAAACAACAAGAUUCUGGUCUAACAUCUAAUAAUCCUUCUGCCAACCCUUGUAACAAUGAUGGCCUUACACAAACUAACAGUUUACAGUCAAAUAAUUCUUUUUGCAUCAUAACUCAAAUGGGCGAAAUACCAGCUUCCA